AUGCCUCCACGCUUCAAAUACGACCUGCAAGGCCUCAACCCGAAAGAGCAGCAAACAGAACGAAAAAGAAUAUGGCUCGCUCGACAGAUGCAAGAUCCUGAGAAUGCAGAAAGGAUCAGGGCAUCGAAUCGUGCCAGCAAACGAGCUCAGCGACAUCGCGAAAAAAUCUUUAAAAUGUCCAAAGAAUCGGACUCCCCUGACCAGGCUGCAGAACCUCCUCGAUUUCGCGGGAAAAGGCCGGAAACUAUGUCUUCAGAAGUUUCUUCCAUCCAGCACUCCACCCCCGCGCCACACACCGUAUCUAUCCAGAACAGCCUCAUAAACCCUGUACUCAGGAGCCCCAUACGAUGUCGUCGCAUGGUAGACGCUAAUGUCAUGACAGAUCCACCUCAAUGCAUCCCAGACACAGCCCAUCCCCUAUCUCCUCCCAACCUAGACUUUAUAUCUGGCAUCCUGGGUGUCGAAGUACCGCCACAAUCUGGAAUGGUCACUUGGGCUGACGGGCGCAGGACUAUACUUCCGUGCGUUAUGAGUAAUGGCAUCAAUAUAUGCGAAGACAAGGAUGCCGCCAUGGUGCGGUUCCUCUCCAAGUUCCCUGAAUCGAAACCCUCUUCAAACAAUGUCGUUCACCUCAAACGUGAUGACUUGACCAAAGGUCAAUUACAGCAAUCCGUCAGUAAGGCUCUUAGCCACAACAAACCUGUUAUUAUCCGAGGCGGCGAUAGCAAAAACACCACUGCACUGGAUGCAGAAUACCUAGAGAAUUUUUUUGGAAUAUCACCCCGGAUGCGUGUUACCAUACACGGUCUACCCCCAGAGCUCCAGCUUCUAGACCAUGGCCUUGUGUAUGGCUGGAACCAAACCACAGUUGACUGUCCUGUUCGCAAUGGCAAG